UUCAGUUUUGAACUAUACCAAUGUUUCAAUAUUCUAUCCACGUCUUGCUUCUCUUUUUGCUCAUCUUGCCACUACUGCAAAUUCCGGCGAGACCCACACCGAAGUUCACGCCGGAGCAGGUGACUGUAAUGGCGGUAAAAGAUAUUAACCACGCGUGGCAGGAAUUCAAGAGCUUCCGGGGUGCCCGGAGAGGCACCCGCCUGACCGGGAUCUCCGACCUCAAGAAGUACUUCCACCGUUUUGGCUACCUGCCGGCGACACAAGACGGGAACUUCACUGAUGAAUUCGAUGCUCGGCUCGAACAGGCGGUUGCCCGGUACCAGGUGAAGCAUGGUCUGCCGGAGUCCGGGGAGCUCACCGGCGAGACCAUCAACCAGAUCACGGCGCCGAGGUGCGGCGUCCCGGAUGAUCCGCCACCUUUGCAUGGCAUGCAUGAAACGAGAAACUACGCGUAUUUCGCCGGCCGGCCGAGGUGGACACGCAGCCUACCGAUGACACUCACGUACGCCUUCUCGCCGGAGCAUCGGAUCACUUCACUAACCUUAUCGGACAUCAAGGCAACUUUCAAGCGAUCAUUUUCUCGUUGGGCGUCGGUGAUUCCGGUGACCUUCUCAGAAACCGAUGACUACGGCUUCGCCGACAUCAAAAUAGGGUUUUACAGUGGCGAUCACGGCGACGGAGAGCCGUUUGAUGGGGUCCUCGGCAUUUUAGCCCAUGCAUUCUCACCCGAGAGUGGGCGUUUCCACCUGGACGCAGCGGAGACAUGGGCGGUGGAUUUCGGGUCGGAGAAGUCGGAGGCCGCCGUCGACCUGGAGUCGGUGGCAAUUCACGAGAUCGGACAUCUCCUAGGGUUGGCUCACAGUUCUGUGAAAGGAUCAAUAAUGUACCCUAGCUUGAAACCCAGAAACCAGAAGCUGGAAAUGAAGGUUGAUGACAUAAAGGGGAUCCAAGCUCUGUAUGGUUCAAACCCUAACUUCAACCUCAGUGCUUCACUGGAGUCUGCCGUCACUUCUUCAAGUCAGGCCGCCGCCGCCGCUGCCAUUGAUUCGAAGGUUGGAUCACCAAGAUGGCACUUGCUAGUGAUGAUCAUUUCUCUUCUGUUGGCUUCUAACUGAUCUCAUAAAACAAGAUCACUACUACUGGCUAGGCAGAUGGAUCAUCAAGAAUGUAAUUUUUUUUUCUUUUCCCAAUUAUUGAUGUAUUCUUUCGAUUGAUUUUCAAUCGAGUACUCUAAGGACAUCCGACAAAAGUAGUGGUUUAUUAAUCGAUAUUAAGUUUACUAGAUUGAAAGGUAUGUCAUUCAAAAAUGUAUAAAUCCAAUGUUACAUCUAGU